AUGAUGCUCGAAGCUGGCCACCACGCCUACAUCUUCGACAUCGAUGAAGACGAGCUCGAGCAUACUACCAAGGUUCAUCUCAAACAGUACUACGCCGACGGCAGGCUUGGUUCGGCGAUCUGCGACCUUCGCAAUGUCGACGACAUUCGUGCCAAAGUCAAAGAGGCGGCCAAGUUCUUUAAUGAUCGUAUUGAUGUCCUGAUCAACAACGGCGGUAUCGCAAGUCCACAGUGGAGGGAUGGCAAGACUAUGGAGGACCUCUCGACCAUCGAUGAGUGGAAAGCGUACAUCGACACCAAUCUUACUGGCCCUUUCGCCAUGUCUCAAGCUUGCAUUCCGUACAUGAAGGCACGAGCAUCUGAUUUCGAGCAUGGUGCGCAUAUCCAGAACGCGAACAAUUCCAGUCCUGCAGGUCCAUGCAUCAUUCACAUUGGCUCCUUCCGUGCACACCAGUCGGAUCCAAACCAGGAGGGGUAUGCUUCAAGCAAGGCGGGUCAACUUGGGUUGAUGCACUCAAUGGCAAUCAGCCUAGGUAGCCUCGGUAUUCGAGUCAAUCUCAUCGCACCUGGACGCAUCAAGGUUGCACAUGAGAGCAAAGAAGGUGACGAGAACGGUGCGGACUGGGCAGGUCAGAUCAGUGAGAAGGACGUGUCUGAUCACCCGACAAACAGAGCUGGAAGACCGAAGGACAUUGCCGACGCUGCACUGUAUCUCAUCGAGGCAGGCUUCGUUACAGGACAGGAUAUCACUGUCGACGGAGGAGCACUACGGAAGAAGAAUGCCUAA